UCAACCGCUACUCAACCAUUGCCUCUGUCAAACGCGUGGAGCCUAGAAGGUAACCUAUUCGCAGUGUAAUCUUCGGAUCGUUCUCCCCACUUUCGCGUUCAUUAUCAUGGGCAACGAAAAGGAGACGGAUAUAAUUAGCAUCGUGGAAAGACCUGAGAAAAAAACUCUGCUCGAGAGAUACAACAUACCGGUGGAAAAUGUCUCGUACGAAUUCAUAUCGCAAUGCACCGAUGGGAAAACACUGGAGCGAAUCGUUCUCAUCUUACGUUCUGGGGAAGAGGGAGACUAUCCAGAUUUGACGAAGCACGCGGAGGAGCGUCUCGCUAGGAUUAAACCGACAAGCGCUCUUUUGAGGAAGGCGGAGCCAGUUUUGAGGCGAAAUAUGUUAAAUGCGAACGAACAGCAGGAAAUCGACGACGACAUCAGCAAUUGGACGUGCGAGAUGCAAUCUCGUGAGAAAGAUUUGGACGAGGGGAAAGCUAUCCUUACCAACGAACCCUGUCUACAGCCAGAAAUUCGACAGAUAAAAACGAAUACUACAAAAGUAUUAUUGAUCGUUAGGAAGGUCCAAGUUGCGCAGAAAAUCAACAACUUAUGUAUCCGUGGUAACUUGAUGAAUCAAAAGGGCGCGUCAGCGAAGACAACCAUCAACGACGUCAGAGUCACGAGAUCAGAGUAG